GAGGGGGUCGUUUUAUAAUUUUCGGACUCAAUUGGCAAUUUGUGACAGAUCUUCGAAUUUCCCAAGAAAUUCGCGGAGACGCAAUUUAAAAUAAAUUAUUGAUAAUAUUUUACAAGUGCGGUUUGUGUACUGUCGUGAUGGUGUGUGUGUUUUUGUGCUAAGCUGGGAAACAGUGGAAUGUUCUUAGUGUAUUACUGUGCAAUGUUUAAUAGCUACAAACAAAAUGUCUUCAUUUGAGAAAUUAAAACUGCUUAUUUGGAAAAAUUUUCUGCUUCAACGAAGGCAUAAAUGGCAAACGGCUUUCGAAAUAUCGUCACCUGUAAUAUUUUCUCUAUUUUUAAUACUAAUACGAUGUCUUGUCGACCCGCAAUCCAAACCAGAUGUAACAUACCCACCAUUUCUUCCAACAUACUUUAACAUGAGUGAAAAACAAUUAGGGAAUUUAACAACAGCAAGGAGAGAAGGGACAUUAGCAUUUUCACCAGACAAUGCUCUCACAAGGAAAGUUACAGAGAAUGCCAUGGCUACAGUGGCUUUAGACAAUUUAAAUGGCCUUCUUGUAUUAUUAUUUGAUACAGCUAUGCUCCCAGAACCUAAGGGAUUUAAAGAUUCCAUUGAUUUGGAGAAAGCACUAACUCAGCCCAAUGCUAUGAAUAAAAUUCUAGUUGGAAUCCAAUUUGAUGAUCAAAUGGCUAAUGCAACAGAAUGGCCAGAUGAUAUCAAUAUAACGUUGAGGUUUCCAGCAGUGAUGAGAACUCCCAUGGUUGACCAUCCUUUAAGAGCAAGUUGGAGGACCAAUUUAUUAUUUCCUUUAUUCCCUCUACCUGGCCCCAGAGAUCCAAAUGAUGCUUAUGGUGGCAAAACACCAGGAUAUUCGCCGGAAAUGUUUCUCGCAGUCCAACACGCUGUUUCUCAGGAGAUAAUAAAACAAAAAUCGGGAAAAUCAGUCAACACCAAGGUUUAUUUACAAAGAUUUCCACAAAUGGCUUAUAGGGAGGAUAAUCUACUAAUUGCUAUGGAAAGGUUCAUCUCAAUGAUCAUAAUGCUUUGUUUCGCGUAUACAUUUGUAAACACAGUGAGGGUUGUAACUGCGGAGAAGGAAUUGCAGCUGAAGGAAACAAUGACGAUAAUGGGUUUACCAUCGUGGCUGCAUUGGCUCGCCUGGUUUAUAAAACAGUUUUCAUUUUUAUUGAUAUCUGUUGUAUUAAUGGUUAUUUUGUUCAAGAUACCAUUCAAUGCAACUGCGGACGGAGAGAAAUACUCAGUCUUCACAUACACACCAUGGACAGUUCUAUUGUUCUUUAUGCUUCUAUUUAUUAUGGCGUCGUUGGCCUUUUCUUUCAUGGUGAGCGUCUUCUUUACAAGAGCGAAUACCGCGGCGUCGUUUAUGGGUCUGAUGUGGUUUUCAACGUAUUCCGCCUACUUUUUAACUCAAAUGCUUUACGAAGAUGUCGCCUUACAUACAAAAUUUCUUCUUAGUCUUAUAUCUAAUGCUGCCAUGGGAUUCGUAUUACAAAUGCUCAUUGUAUGCGAAGGAACGAAUCAAGGUCUACAAUGGGAUGAAUUAUUUUCGCCAGUAUCGUAUCACGAUGAUUUCCACCCAGGUCACGUAGUGAUUAUGCUUAUUUUGGACACUAUAAUUUACAUGUCAAUCGCUAUGUACGUAGAAAAAAUACGGCCCGGCACAUACGGCGUUCCGUUGCCGUGGUACUUCCCAUUCACGAAGAGUUUCUGGUUACCAAAUAAAACGAGAGUCGCUGCGGUAACGUUAAAUGACGGUGUUGAUCAAGAGUACAAAAAUGCAUUAUUAAAAGUCGUUCACGACGAGGAGCCGAAAGGAGUUCCAAUGGGUAUCAAUAUUGAGAAUCUCACUAAAGUAUACAAAGGUCGUAAAAAAGCAGUAGACAAUUUAAAUCUUAGGAUGUAUGAAAAUGAAAUAACAGUAUUACUAGGUCAUAACGGAGCUGGGAAAACCACAACUAUAUCAAUGUUAACAGGUAUGGUCCCACCGACAUCAGGAUCUGCUACAAUAAACGGGUAUAACAUAGUCACUGAAACAGAAUCAGCCCGAAAGUCCCUGGGCCUUUGCCCCCAACACAACGUCUUGUUCCCAGACCUAACCGUCGCGGAACAUAUUAUAUUCUACUCUAGGUUAAAAGGCGUCCAUAAGUCGAAGAUUAAUGAUGAGGUCGAACAUUUUGUCAAAUUACUGGAGCUGCAAGAAAAGCGAGAUGUACAAUCAAUGCACUUAUCGGGAGGUCAAAAACGACGAUUGUCCGUCGGUGCAGCAAUGUGCGGUUCAUCCAGAGUAGUUCUAUUGGACGAACCCACUUCAGGCCUGGAUCCAGCUGCUAGACGAUCUCUAUGGGAUCUAUUGCAAAAGGAGAAGAAAGGUCGAACUAUGAUCCUUACAACGCAUUUCAUGGACGAAGCAGAUAUUCUCGGAGACCGUAUAGCGAUCAUGUCUGGGGGUAAACUUCAAUGUGUAGGCACGCCGUAUUUCCUGAAGAAACAUUAUGGAAUCGGAUAUAAACUAACUAUAGUCAAGGAGGAUACUUGUAAUGUUGAAGAGGUCACGAAAUUCUUUAAGACCUAUGUACCUGAUGUAAGAGAGAAUACAAAUAUAGGAUCUGAAUUAACAUACAUAUUACCAAAUGAACACGUCAGUAAAUUUCCUAAUAUGUUGAAGAAAUUCGAAGAGGAAAAAGCUGCGUUGAAAGUGUCAAGCUAUGGACUUUCGGUUACUAGCCUCGAGGAAGUGUUUAUGAAAGCUGGAGCUGAGGACCAUGACGAAUUACCAGUUCAGAAAAAUAAUUAUACAAACAACCACAAUAAUGUCGCUGUUAUACCUGUUGAGAAUCAUCGUAAUCACUUCGCUGAUACCGAGCCUAUACCGAAAGUUAGAGGAGCGAAAUUACUUCGCAACCACAUAAAAGCGAUGUUCUUGAAGCUAGCUUACAGUUCAAUGAGAAAUAAACUAUCAGCGUUCAUACAAAUCGUAACACCUAUAAUAAACAUAACUAUAUCAGUUAUAAUAGCAAGAUCAUGGAAAUUCAUGUCACAACUGCCACCUUUAGAACUAAGCUUGAACAGUGGUUUUAGAAAUACGGAAACUUUGAUGUCUCAAGUGGUCAAUUUGACGGAAACAAGUCUUGAACGAAAAGCAAUGAUGGCGUAUAAAGACUAUUUUAAAUCGUCCCUGGAUCCCAAUAUGGUUUUGAAUGAUAUUGGUACGAUGGAUAUGGGGAAGUUCUACUUAAAAUUGAGUGCACUAAACACCCCACGAGUGCGAUACGAGAACCUUAUAGGUGCAACUUUCGCGCCUCAUCGUAUUACGGCUUGGUUCAGUAACUACGGCUACCACGACUCGGCGAUAUCACUGGCGCUAGCUAAUAACGCGAUUAUGAACGCACUAUCUCCGGGUACUUCGCUGCGGGUCACUAACCACCCGCUGCCUUAUUCUAUUGAGAAUUUGGUAAGAAUAAUGGCCACUGGGAGCAGUUUUGGAUUUCAAUUUGCGUUUAAUAUCGGAUUCUGUAUGGCUUUUGUAACAGCGUUUCUUGUGCUAUUUGUUAUUAAGGAACGUGUGAGCGGUGCAAAAUUAUUACAGCGUAUAUCUGGAGUUCGACCAGCCGUACUUUGGACUUGCUCUUUCAUAUGGGAUUGGUUGUGGAUGCUGUGCGUGUAUCUCACCAUAGUGUUUACACUCGCUUGCUUCCAAGAAACUACGCUUUCUACCCCUCAAGAGUUGGGCAGAGUUCUCCUUGUAUUAGUCAUUUUCUCUAUACCCACAAUACCAUUGCAUUAUUUGGCUUCAUUCUACUUUGACGCAUCUGCGACGGGCUUCUCAAAAAUGUGUUUCUUAAACAUUUUUAGUGGUUGUAUGCCAUUUUUGAUAACGGAGGUGUUGCGAUUACCAGAAGUUGGAAGCCCGUAUUAUGCCAGUAUAUUUGAUUGGGUGUUUUCGCCAUUACCAAUCUAUUGUAUGAGCAGAAGUUUCAGGGACAUGAGCGUGUCAACGUUUUCGAUGCUCGCUUGCGACGGGAUCUGCGAAUACAUAAAUGUGGAGAACUGCACGCGUCACACCGUGUGCAAGAGGCUCAACAUGUCCGUUUGUUGUAUUGAUGAUGAUCCUUUCCUGAAAUGGAGUGAACCAGGUAUCGGCAGAUAUUUGUUCAUGAUGACACUUGUCGGAAUCAUCGCGUUCACCGUUCUUCUUAUAAAGGAGUAUGAAGUUAUUAACAAGGUUUUCUACUCAGAAACUCAACACAGACCACUCCCAGUAAAUGCGGACGAAGACAGUGAUGUAGCAGCCGAAAGACAAACCGUACAAGCGCUAACGCGACCCGAGCUAUCGCAACACAGUCUCGUGUGCAAAAACCUUACUAAGUACUAUAAAGACUUCCUAGCUGUUAAUAGACUUACGUUUGCUGUGCGCAAAGGCGAAUGCUUCGGGCUACUAGGCAUCAACGGCGCGGGAAAAACAAGCACAUUCCGCAUGGCGACCGGCGACUCGCGUCUCAGCGCCGGCGACGUGUUCGUGCACGGCCUCUCCGUCAAGACGCACAUCCGGGACGUGCACGCGCAUAUGGGUUACUGCCCACAAUUCGAUGCACUAUUGGAUAAUUUAACGGCGCGCGAGACGCUGAAGAUAUUCUGUCUCUUGCGCGGUAUCCCGGUCAGAAUUGGUUCGCAAUGGGGAGUUCAGCUCGCUGAACAACUUGGAUUUUUGAAGCACUAUGAUAAAAAGGUAUAUGAAUGCAGCGGUGGGACUAAAAGAAAAAUAAGUACAGCUCUAGCUCUGUUAGGAGACGCUCCUCUAGUUUUCCUUGAUGAGCCCACAACAGGCAUGGACCCAGCAUCCAAACGACGUGUGUGGCGUUGUAUCAGCGACGCAGUAAUAGCGGGUCGCAGUAUAGUGCUGACGUCACACAGCAUGGAGGAGUGCGAGGCGCUGUGCUCGCGGCUCACGGUGAUGGUCAAUGGCCGGCUGUACUGCUUGGGACCGCUGCAGCAUUUGAAGAAUAAGUUCUCGCAAGGAUACACACUUAUAGUUAAAUGCAAAGAAGGCCCAGAAAGGGAUGCACAAGCGGCCUCAAUUAAAGAAUACAUCUUAGAAACUUUUAAAGAGGCUAAACACAUCGAAACGUACUUAGGCAUCAGUACGUUCUACAUAAACGACUCAGAACUCGUGUGGUGGCAGAUAUUCGACGCGAUGGAGUCGGCCCGUACUCGAUAUCCAAUGGAGGACUAUUCUGUUUCACAAACUACGUUGGAACAAGUGUUCUUGAGAUUUACACGCUUGCACGGGAAUAAGGACGCGUAAUUGUCGUCCCAUUUUAGUACAAUUUAGUUAAUUUUACAAUGUGUAUACUUUUCGAAGUAAUAUAGUAUAGACAACAAUAAGUACAAUUUCUUAAAGAAAGUGGAUAUGACUUUUUAAUGAUAAUCUCGAUGUUCGAAUAGUUGAGAAGUCUUUGAAAUUAACAAAUAUUUUUGUUUAUUAUUAUAAUUAUCGCGCGGAAUCCUAGAUUGCAAUUUGUUUAUUGGCUAAAUCAAUAUUCAAACUGGACUUAAUUUCAAGUGUACAAGAUAGAUUAUUAUACGGAUAAGACCAGUGAUUUUUAUGUAGCUAUCUUAAAAGUUAUGAAUUUCUGUCCCACCAAAGCGUGUGAAAGUGACAGGGACAGCAUGAUACUUAAAAGUAUUUGAUUAUUCAGAAGUUAGUGUCUGACACUUUAUUGAAGUGUGAAGGUACACAUAACUAGAAACACUAGUACAAUUAGACUUUUGUCACAAUAUUUUAGAAAUUACGAUAAUUGUUUGUUAACUUGCAAAAGGGACAUUUAUAUUUUGUGUACAGUAAAUCUGAUCGGUUUUCAAAACUGAAAUAUAUUUUUAAUUUAUAUUUAUUUACGUUUUACUGUGAUCACUUUAUUUGAUUUACGGUAUUUUUUGCGCUCGUAGCAAGAAUGAUUGAUGAUCAUUUUUGUGCGCUCUUUAUUACCUCACAUAAUACAAUUUGAUUAAUUACGCAAACAUGCGCAUAAACUUAUAAUGUUAUACACAACAUAUACCUACUUAAUGUAAUUUACGUAUUUAUGUACUUACAUUUUUUUUAUUUCAUCCCAAUAUGUAAAUAAUAAUAUUUACAAUAUUUUUUUUAUUAUUAUUAGCUUUUUUGAACCCUGUGAUGAAAUUAUUCGAGAAGGCAACAAGCAAUUCAAUAGAUUAGGUCAAUGUCAUGUUUCCGUACUUAGAUAAAUGUUAUGAGCAGGUCGUAAAAACAAGUAAUUUUAUUAUCCUAUAGAAAUAUCUUACAGUUUGUAUUUAUCUCUACAAAUAUUUUUUUUAUUUCCACUAAAGCUUAUUUGUUUUUAUAGCAGUUGAAGAAAAGAGAUACAAUUUCUUAAAUAAUAAUAAAAAAUGUGUGAAUAAAUACGACCUGCUCUACUCACCUAGGCAGUAAACAUUAGUAAAUUAUGCAGUAUUUUAUAUACAUGUUGUAUCUUAAGGUAUGUAUUGGAAUAAAUGUUUAAGAAAGUUUUCACUGUGUGUCGUAUAUGUACUUACUUGUAAAAACAAUUUAUACAAAUAAUUAAUACUUAACAUUGUACUUAUACUCAUGCAAAUAUGAUAGAGCUGUAUUAUAAUUUUUUACACUUAAAAGGUUUACUUCAUUACUGCCAUCCAAGUUUGUAGUUUCAAUAGCACUAAACUUAUUUUAUUCAGCUUUUAUAUGAUCUGAAUAAAAAUAUUUCAAUGUUGUCAAAUUCUAUCUGUAGCUAAUGUGUAAUGAGAAAACUUUGAUACAGUCAUUACUUACAGUUCUCAAACCACACAUUUUUAGAUAAAGUAUUCUAGUGAAAUGUACCGGAUGUAUAUUUUUUUAUUUCAGCUUUUAAAUCUUUCAAGUGAAUAUAUAUUUUUAAUUGAUUUUACAAAUACUCGACUAAAGAAUUUUUCGACAUGUAUACCUAGUUCAGAGAUGGUUUACCAACUGUCAAAGGCUGAAAGUGUUGUGAAUCAACAUUUAUUAAAAUAAGUCGCACGAAAGCAUGUUCCCUUGAAACACUCUCCCGUGACUGUUAUAUCGAACUCGCAUUUUUCGUUUUUAUCAUAUAAAUAAUUUAAAAUAUACACGUAAAGUUUCACUAAGUAGGCUUAAUACGUAAAUACGUGAUUAAACGUUUAAAUAUAAUGAAUUACGUUUCGUGUUCUAUAACACUUUUCGAAUUAAACAAUCUCGAUGUAUGCUUGCUAGCUUUGCUAGUUUUCUAUGUAGUUUCGUAAUUAAUUGCAGUAUUUAAUACUUAUUUUAUGUGGUGCUUGAAAACUUUAUUAUUUAAAUUUAAACGAUCAAUUAUUAAUAUUAGCAAUUCUGUUAGUUAAGAAUAUCGAGAUGGGCGGAGGUUUUAUUUAGGUUAAAAUUGAAAAAUUAUGAAGGGCCAUAGAACUUCUUCGUCAUUCAGUAUCAUAAUUCAAGUAAAAUAAGGAUAAUAGCAAAAUGUUACCUGAUAAAAAAUCAAUUUGUUUCAAUGUAAAAGCAUCAUGUUUAUGUGUAUUUGCAUGAUGUUUGCAAAAGUAUUAUAUUAUACAAUUUUAUCUUACUUUAGUUCUAAAUAAUUGCCAUUUAUAAAAUGAUAUGUAUAUGAAUUUUAGGAUAAAAGUACAAUUUAUUUAUUUACUGAGGUUGAGGUUCAACAAAAAUAAUGUUUUGUGAUAUAUUAUUGUGAUUCAAUGUUUAAUACCAAAACUUGUACAUUUUAUUAUUUAUUUACUAUUAAGGACUGUUCCUAUCCUUUGAAAAUGUCUCGAAGCUAUAUCAUCAUUCAUAUAUAAUGUUAUACGGGCUGUGUUCAGUUUUCUUUCAUACAAUAACUUUUUUCUUGCCGAUUAUUUAUUGGAUAUAGCCUAAGAUGCAAUUGUAUGAAAUUCAUUAUAAAUGAAAAAUAUUCUAAAUUAAAAUUGUUACUACAUUUGUGAAAAAUAUUUAAUCUAUAUAGAUUUUUAUUGAUGUACUCGAAGUAUGAUCUUUAUCCCACAGUUUAUACCAGUGCAGUGUAUAAAAUGGAAAAUUGUAUUUUUAAUUUACGUUGUUUUCAGUUACAACACUAUUUGUAAUACAAACAACUUUCAACUAUCUUGUAAGAAAAGUGUUCGUUUGCAUUGGAUGUAGGUUUAUGGAUUUUUGAAAUAAAAGCUUUCUGAAUA